GAGAGACUGAGAGAGAGGCAGACAGAAUAGUCUCACUGAUCACACUCCCUGGCCAUCAUCACACCCCGGCAGAUCUCCUGCGACCAUUCAGCCAAAGAUAAACUGCUAACCCACCAGAGGACCAGCCUUUCUAUCCUGCUUCAUUUGCUUUUCAGUUGCACAAUUUCAUUUUUUCUACAACUGCAACAUCUCACCAGUGGAAAUAACCAUUUGUUUGCAAGGAAGAAGGAGACACUAAAUAUUUGCCACCCUUGUCUGGCUGUCCCAGUUAAUACUUUUUGUUUCUGGGAGGGGUGUCAUUUUGGGGGAACAUAUUUUGGAAAAUUACUUCAGUCCAAUAAAGGAAUCCUCUUGCUCAUGAGUUUGAAGUUUUUUUGCUCGUGCUGAAGGCACUAAGAGAAAAAAAAAGAACAGAUUGGUCAAACUAAAUGACUUUAUAGCAAAGGAUUUCAAAUUUUUGUAUUAAAGCGAAAAUGGAUUUUUGGACUCUUUAUCUGGGAGUUAUUUCUCUCUACUUUUCUGGAUCCAGUGGUUCAAGUCAGGGAGGGAGCUCAUGUGGUGGCCGUUUAAAUGCUAAUGAUCCUGGUUACAUCACCUCUCCUGGGUAUCCGAAUGACUACCCUUCUCAUCAGAACUGUGAGUGGGUCAUCAGUGCACCAGAACCCAGUCAGAAGAUUGUGCUGAACUUCAACCCACACUUCGAUAUUGAAAAGCACGACUGCAAGUACGACUUCAUAGAGAUCCGGGAUGGUGACAGUGACUCUGCAGAGUUACUAGGAAAGCACUGUGGAAGUAUAGCUCCCUCUACAAUAACAUCAUCUGGCUCACAAAUCUACAUAAAGUUCAUCUCUGAUUAUGCCCGUCAAGGAGCAGGGUUCUCAUUACGGUAUGAGAUCUACAAAACAGGUUCCGAAGAUUGUUCUAAAAACUUUACAAACAGCAAUGGCACUAUUGAGUCUCCUGGAUUUCCUGACAAAUACCCACAUAAUUUGGACUGUGUCUUUACUAUUUUGGCUAAACCGAAAAUGGAGAUCAUUCUGCAGUUUCAAACCUUUGAUCUUGAGCAUGAUCCGCUCCAAGCUGGAGAGGGAGAUUGCAAAUACGAUUGGCUUGACAUCUGGGAUGGUGUCCCUAAUGUGGGGCCCUUGAUUGGCAGGUAUUGCGGCACCAAGACCCCUUCGGAAAUACGCUCUUCUACUGGUAUCCUCUCACUCACCUUUCACACAGACAUGGCAGUAGCAAAAGAUGGGUUUUCAGCACGCUAUUACCUUGUUCCUCAGGAGGUCCCUGAAACUUUCCAGUGCAACUUUCCUCUGGGACUGGAGUCUGCACGCAUUUCCAAUGCACAGAUCAGUUCAUCUUCUACCUAUACUGAUGGAAGGUGGACUGCUCAGCAGGGUAGGCUGAACAGCGAAUACAACGGCUGGACUCCUAAUGUCGACAAUAAUAAAGAAUAUCUGCAGAUUGACCUCCGCUUCUUGACUCUUCUGACCGCCGUUGCGACACAAGGUGCUAUCUCCUCAGAAACCCGUGUGGGUUACUAUGUGAAAUCCUACAAGCUCGAAGUCAGUACUAACGGAGAGGACUGGAUGAUGUUUCGGCAUGGUAAAAACCACAAGAUAUUUCCUGGAAAUAACGAUCCAACUGAAGUCGUUCUGAAUAAGAUUCCUCAGCCAGUGCUGACCCGUUUUGUUCGGUUUCGGCCUCAGACCUGGCACACUGGAAUAGCAAUGCGAGUUGAGCUAUACGGCUGCCAGAUUACAGAUUCCCCCUGCUCAAAUAUGCUGGGAAUGAUGUCAGGUCUGAUCUCAGACUCUCAGAUCACUGCCUCAUCCACCAGGGAGUACCUGUGGUCGCCUGGCGUAUCUCGAUUAGUGAGCAGCCGCUCUGGCUGGUUUGCACAUAUCCCACCUGAGCAGGCGGGGAAAGAGUGGCUGCAGGUUGACCUUGGAGCACUGAAGACUGUGAAAGGGGUCAUUAUACAGGGCGCACGUGGAGAUGACAGUCAUACAAGCACUGAGAACAAAGCUUUUGUACGAAAAUUCAAAGUGUCCCAUAGCAUGGAUGGAAUUGCCUGGGAAUUUAUUAAGGAUCCAAGGACAGAGCAAACCAAGCUUUUUGAGGGCAACAUGCAUUAUGAUACACCUGAAGUACGAAGAUUUGAGCCGGUGGGUGCACAGUUUGUUCGAGUUUAUCCUGAAAAGUGGUCUCCUGCUGGCAUGGGCAUGAGGAUGGAGAUCUUGGGCUGUGAUAGGACAGAAACAAAACCUACUUUUGAGACACCAAAACCUACCAUGAGGACAGAAGAGACAACCACCCAGACAGUGACUGAGGAGACAACAGAAUGCGGGGAGGCUUGCUCGCCCAGUGAAGAUGUUCAGUACCCAUCAGGAUUUAGCUGCAACUUUGACCAUUCUGGGGAUGUGUGCAGCUGGAAGCAUGACAGCGAGGCAGAUUUAGCUUGGUCUUUUCAUCCAUACAGUCCCUCAGUGGUGCAUUCCAGCUCUGUACCUGCUGUUGGCAAAAAUUACUUAAGGCUGCCUAGCGUCAGGAGAGAGGCGCAGCAUGCACGCCUAGUCAGUCCCCAGAUGUACUUGCCCAGAAGUGUUCUUUGUAUGGUGUUCCAGUUUCGGGUGUCAGGAAAUGGUGGGGGAACACUGCAAUUCUUAAGGAAAUCUGGCCAGGAGAACAAGAUGCUCUGGGAGAUGAGAGAAGAACAGGGGAGCGACUGGAGGGAAGGCAGGAUCAUCUUACCAAAUUAUGACCAAGAGUUCCAGGUUGUCGUUGAGGGGAUUGUCGGAAAAGGGCAGUCAGGAGAGAUAGCCGUGGAUGACAUACGAAUAGCUACUGACAUCCCCCUAGAGAGUUGUAUGGAACCUAUUACUGCUUUUCCUCCUGGGAAGCCAUCUGUAUACCAACCUGGGGGCACUCUUCUUCCAGGGAGCGAGCCCACAGUGGACACGGUGUCAGUGCAGCCCAUCCCAGUCUACUGGUAUUACGUUAUGGCAGCAGGAGGCGCUGUUCUGGUGCUGGUCUCCGUCGCACUGGCUUUGGUGCUCCACUACCACCGCUUCCGCUAUGCGGCCAAGAAGAGCGACCCUGCAAUCACCUACAAAACCUCACACUACGCCAACGGGGCCCCCUUGGCUGUGGAACCCACCUUAACUAUAAAACUAGAACAAGAUGAUCGUGAUCCCAGCUUACGGUGCUGAGGGUGCCAGCCGGACACAGGAUCUAGACUUAAAAGACUUCAGAACUUUUGGCUCAAUUUGCACUUUUAUCAUCCUGUCCUAUACGUCCCUUCUCAACGACACUUCAUUCUGCAUACAUGAGAACUUAUAGAUACCUGGCCCCUCCCUUUUGACUGUCUCUAAAAUCUAAUGCUGCAUCUUGGGAAAUGUUUGAGAAGAAGGCUCCAUGCCUCUUAAAACCUGAAUGCUCUUAUAUUUUUAUUAUUUUCAAAGACUGAUAUUUUAAUGGAAUUUAUUUUGCUCUUUUUCCCCUAAUGGAAAAAAAUAUUGCCUGAAAACAUGAAGGAAUGUUUGAAAGAGUGUAUAUACUUAUAUAUAAUUCUGUGUGUGUGCGUAAGCUUGAGUGAAAUUUUAUGGUCACCACAAAAUGAGAUAGGGAAGACUGUACAGCAGUCAAGCCGUCCUUUUUUACAUUAUUUCAGCUAAUUUUGUGAUUUUCUGUGCAUCAUGGAAAUGAUCAUUUGGUUAAAGGUGUGCUAGCAUUGUAUUUAAAUCUUAACAACAUUAAAGGAACAUUCUAGUGACAAUUGAAAUGCCCAUUGCAUAUUACCUACAUAGCAUCAGGAGGUAGAUCUUGUGCAGCCUGAUUCCCUGUUUACAUAAUGACAAUAUGUAUCUAUUGUCAUCACCUGUGAACCGAGCAGUUGUAAACAGUGAACACAGGUGCACAAGACUUCUAUCAGUAAGCCACACUAUAUUCUGCCAUUAACACAGUGAUAGCUUUUGCUAGAAGAAUUUUUGCUUCAUAUAAAUUAUACUGCAUAAAUAAUUUUCAUCAAAUUGAAAAGCCAAUUUGUAUAUUUCAGUUUAAAACAUGUGCCUAAACAUAUUUAGUAGCUUUUUAUUCCUUCCAUAGUGAUAAUGUUGUAUAAAUUUGACAAAAUCUUCCAGUUCAGAAUUCUGUUCUGAUUCACCCUCUGGGUUUCGGACAACAGUAACUUACUUUACAGGCCUUUGCAUGCUGUGCUAAAUAUUACUCAUACCUUAGAUGGCAACAGAGUUAAGCAAACUGAACCAGAAAAAGACACUGAACAGGUCGUAUCUACAAAGAUUUGAACGUUUUAUGACACCUCAAAAUGUGACUAAGUAUGUAAAACUUUUAUCAAACUUCAGAUUAUUAGUUAUUUUUACAGUUAGUUCCAUUUAUUAGAUAUGGGCAUACAAGUUUUAUGACUGAAAACAGCACAUAGCAAGUUUUUAAAUCCUGAUUCUCUUUAAAACAAAUGUUAGUGUGAUCUGUCUUAGAUACAUUCUUGUGUAUAGAAAAUAACAAGACUGCUGAAAUUCAGAUUUACCAUGGAAGUGAACUGAGCUCUCUUCACUGUGUUUUUUUACCUGGUGUUUUUUACAAUAUAUGCAAUAAGAACAGAAGUGGAGAGAUCUCUCUUUUUGAUAAUAUGUUCUUAGUGUUUUAAACUAGACUUCAUAUUGGUAAUAUGUAUAGUAUGUUUGUAUAUGCAUUGUUUACAGCUCUGCCCCUGAUCUUGUAUAGGUUGACCAAUUGUAUGAAUGUGAGAGAGGGCUGAAAUCAAUGAAGAUUACUUAUUAGUGCCGAAAGCUUCAGACCUUAUUGUUUUUAUAAGGUUGAUAUGGUUUAACCCCUUGACAAAGAUGGUUGAGGCAAAGCAUAGAAUUGCAUUGCAGCUCUCUUUGCCAGCCAACGGGUUAGUUCUCCUUUAAAGUGUAAGCCAUUAAAAAAAAAUUAAGUAAUGCCAGAGAAUGGAUUUAUUUUACAAAGUGCUCACAUUUUUUAUAUAAUUUGUUACAGAAGAUGUUUGUAAUCUUUUGUUGUUUUUGGUAUUACUUUGAUCUUGGACACACAUUAAUGGCAAUUAUGGUUUUCUGGUUAACACAACCACCACAAAUGCAAGGUUUAUACAAUUAGACUGCUGAUGAUGUUUUCCUGGACCUGAAUUCAGAUUCCAUGAGACAUAAAAACAUGUCACCUCUCCAUACUUUGAUUCAGUGAAGGUUACACUUAUUCAUAAGACUAACUAGGUAGUAUCUUCAUGUGGAGUCGCUAUUGUACAAGCUCACUCCUAAGCACUGCUGCACAUGCCAAGUAGAAUACACUUACCAUAAAAACUGGAUUGCAGUUUGAAGACAGUAAAUGCUGUUUUAGUAAUGACCAUUUUCCCUCUGUUAAAUAGUUUUUUAUAUUUAUUUUAUUGUAUAAAAUCUUGUGUUUAAACUGUGAUUAAUAGGUCUGUUUAAUUUCAAUUUACUUGCAUAAAAAGGAGUAUAAUACCACAUUGCAGUCUGAUAAAUUUAGACCUUAGGAUGCUGUGAAACAUUUCUUUUUAAAAAAAAUAAAAUUAAAAAAUAACACACACAUAUAAUAGUCUUUAUCUCCACAGCUUUAAGUGGGGCCUGUUUAUUUCUGUGAGACUCUCUCAUCUGCAAACCUAAAUACCUUAAAACUUAAUUUAUAUUUAUUUUUUACACCUUAUUUAGCUUGUGCACAUUAUAUACAUCAGGCAACUCAAAUAGUAGUGGUGGUACUAAUGAAUACCUGACAUUGAUAUCUAAUUGUUAGCUAAUGUGAAAUUACAACUUAUUUCAUAGUUUUGUAAAUAAUAGUUUCUUAUUGUUUAAAUCAUGUUGCAAUGAAUCUGAGAACAUCAUAAUUUGUCUUAUGUACUUAAAAUGAGUAACGAACAAAGCAGCUAAUUGUGACGUUGCCUUAGGAUGGAUAACUGAUAGAUAAUGAGUUGUGUUAGGCUAGGAUGGAGUUUAAUUAAGAGCAGAAAUUGGGAUAGCUAAUUCAGUUUCAAUACACUUAACAAUUAUCAUCUUAAAUAACAGGCUAUGAAAUUAUAUAAGCAGUUAGAAUGCACUGCAGAAGUUAUGAUAUAUUGUGCAUUAGCAAAAAUGUUGGACAGUUAGUUGGCAAGUUGACUAUUUUUGUAAAUGUGAAUUGCCAUCACUCAAAAAAUGAGUGUCAAGUCAAGUUCCAAGUCUUAAAAGCUGCCAGUCUUAUCAUUUGCUUACAGUUUUCUACAAAACAGAGUCCAGUGUAUCAAUUUUGAGCUUUGUUUACUUAGAGCAAGAUAAAGGAGGAGGGUAGCUCUCAACAGACAACUCUGGAGUAUUUCUGGUACUUUAUGCUGCAGUUGAAAAAGGUACUAUUAAGUGCCAAUAUGACUUGCACCAUGAGAUAGGAGCUUAUUCUUGCCACCAGCCUGUUUACUAUUUCUAUAGCACAAACAAAACAUCUGAUAAUUGUUUGUUACCAUCUUACAAUUAAUUAUUUUCCUACAUUUUUGCCCCUUUAAUUUCAGUUUAUUGGGUUUUGUUAUUAUAUGAUUUUUUUCCCACAAGGUUUAGUAGAGAAAAGUCAAAAUUAAACUUCCAUGAUUCAGAUACAGCAUACACUUGGAAAAAAAACGUCCCAAUUUACUUCCAUGAUCAAAAUUGCCUAAUGGCUUUCACAUGAUAGAUGGGGAGUGGAAAAUAGAAUUAACUUUGAAAUUUGACUGCAAAAAAAAUCUACUAUUCAUUUGAAAUUCAAAGUAAGUGCUAUUGCUUUGUCUUUUUUAUGCAUUUGUCAAUUUUACAAUUUACUGUAGUUAAUGCUUCUGUAACAGUAGAAAAGUAGGAAAGCCCCUGAAUUGUGCAACUGAUCAUUAGUAGGUGUACCCAUCAGCGAAUUCACAAAUGACCCUCUUAAAAGUCUGCUGUACUCACAUGUCCUAGCCUAAAAUAACUCAAAUAUCAGUUAGCAUCAGUUCUGCUCUAAUAUUUUAUAAGUUAAUCGAUUGGAUGCUAUUUUUUGAUCAAAUCAUAUUAUGCAAAAACACACAUGGUUGUUAUGUAUUUGUGGAAUUACAAUGUUGUAACUCAAUCAGUUUACAAAUGCAGUAUUGUGGAGCUUGGAACAAUCAGUUUUACACAUUUAUUUUUUUUAAAUAGCAAAUGGGUGGCCUUAAAAGCAAAGUGAAUAGAAAAUGUAUAUCUUCUUUUUAUCCACUGUUGUUUUUUUAGGUAUUAGAAUGUAUUUGUGUUUUGCCAGAGGAGCACUUAAUGUAGUUUUUUUUUUAAUUAUUAUUUUUUAUGGCAAAGUUUGCACAUUCAUAUGUGCUUUGAGCUUUCAGUGCUAUAUAAAGUUAUUUAUCAGGAUUUUUGGGCAUCAUUUUCUUUAAUGCAUUGCUACCUGGUUUUAGCAUAAAAUAUAUGUUUAGCAUUUUGAUAACCUAUACUACAGAAUUUUGUGUUACAUUUGUGUAUAUAUAAUAAUAUGCCACUGCAGUGCAGCUAACUAUAGCUUCACUUGUAAUUUAAUUUUAAAAACACACACAUGCAUAUAUACAUGUUAAUAUUCUGUUAAUUAAAUGCCCCUGUUUAUCACACAGUGCUACAUUAAUGCUAAUUGUUAUUAAAUGCCAAAUUGAAAAGUACAGGGUCAUACUCAAUAGUUAUCAAAAGGGAAAAAAACUAGAUGGAACUUUUUUUUUUAAAGAAUCAUCUAUUUAGGUAAGGGACUUUGAGCAUUUAUAUCACAUUAGUCUUAGAAUAAGUGUCAGCAGGCUUCCAUACAUUGCACUGUAAUUGGUAAUUAUAAUAUUUGAUAUCCCUCCUCUGUUAAAUCUAACUGUAGUAUCAGAGGUUCCUUUUCCAUUUACUAUUUUACUGCAGAAAUACAACAUGGAAAAUAGAAAUAGUUUACUUCAAAGUUACAGACAUUUUUCAUGCCCCAAAAUGUUGUCAUUUUUAAAGAACACAUGACCAUUUGGUAAAAAAUAAUAGUUUCUUGUAGGUAGAGGUAAUCUGGCAACCCUAACAAUAAAUAGGUUAAUUUGUAAUGUUUAAAGAGACAUUACACACUAAAUACAUUUCAUGCACCUCCCUCUAAUUGUGGACGCCACCAUUUUGGAACCUAGGUUUCACUGCAGGUAUCUGAAAGAGAGUUGCUGCACAUGUGAAAACAGGAUUUCAACAUGGCGGGACCCAUGACUAGAGGGAGGCGCGCAAUAACCUUAAUGCUGUGCUUAUAAAAUAUAUAUGUAGAGUUUAAGUUCCCUUUAAUGUAUAUAAAAACACAUGCUUUAGAACAUGCUGUAUUGAAUAAUGUGUAAUUUGCAGUUCCACAUACUGGUGUUAAGUUCCCCACAUUUAAGUAAUGUGAAAACUGAGCAUGAAAUCACCAGCAUUUCAUUUAGUUUUGAGAUCACUUACAUGCUUAUAGGAUGAUCAGCAUAAAAAACAAUAACCUGUUCAUCACAUCAGUUGUGCCUUUUUUUUAGAAAUACAGAAAAAGUACUACAAUUAAUCUUUUAUACUUUCCACCCUGUAAUAAUUAGGGGUAGGUGAGAUUUUAAGUAUUUUCAAUAAAAACUGGUGACUGCUUUUAUUGGUCCCUUUAUCAAAUGAUGUAACAUUUGAUUAUUAUACGUAAAAUUUAAAUAUUGAUUCUCAAAGGCAUCAAUUUAAGUCUAGGAGAAUCACAGAGCAAUAGUAAUAUUCACAUUACAUUCAUAUAUUUAAAAGCUAUGUUAAAUAUUUGAAUGUUACAUGGGAUAUUUGAAUAUUGACAUAUCAUUUUUGAAUACCAAAACAAAUGUCAAGGGGAACAUCAACAUUCUAAAAUUGCAACAUUUACAUAUUCUCAAUGAUAAAAAAGUAUAACAAUCCUGAAAUCAGAAAAUAUAAAUUUUGUGCAGCAGUCUGUAGUUAUAGCCUCUAAAUAAAACUUCCAUAACAAUAACAACAGUAGUUUCUGGAAAAGUCCAGCACAGUAAGAGAAUUCUAAUACAUGCAAAUAUUAAAAAAUCAAAUGUCACAAUGCGGGAAUAAAUGUUAAAACUGACACAUUAAACCCGUAUAGCAGGGACACCAAUUUUUUUUUUUUUUUUACACAGAGGGUCAGUUAGCAUUAUAUUUGACUCACUCUUGCUAAACACCUCAAAAAUAAAUUAUAAUCACCCUUUUGUUUUUUUUAAAUUAAAUAGGAAAUUAGUUAUUUAAUAACUAUAUAUACCACACAAAUGUUGCAAAAUUUGGUACAAAUUUACAUACUUUUUACUUUAUUAUAAUUACCAGCAUGGGCCACACAAAAUAAACCAUGAUGGGCCAGAUGUCACCCAUGGACUAUAAUUAGGGUGGCAGACUUGUAUUCUAAAUGAGAAAACACUGAAAUACUCGGUUUUAAUAUCUACACAUAGAAAACACUUUUUAGUGAACUAGUGGACUUCUCUUUGUACUUGUGUUUGCUUAUUUCUAGAUAUAAAGUUUUAAUUGUAUCUCCUCUUACUGGUGAUUGGACAAUGGGAAAGUUACCUGACACCAAACUGUUCAGUUCAGAACUGGAUAAGUGGCAAAUCUAUAUGAAAUACAUUUGUACAUACGUUAUUUUCAAGGGAGAGAAACCUUGUUUUUUUAAAUUUGUGUUAUAUUAUUCAGAUUCCUCUCAAUUGUGUUUAUAUGCAUAUGUAAAAUAUAAGGAAUGUAAUUUCAAAUAAAUGUAUUGCACCAUAGUUUGUAUCUAUCUCAGAUACUAUAACUUGUGGUGGGGGGGGGGUGAAAUUGAACAUUUUAUACAGUUUGUAUAUAUUUUGUUUUUAAUUUUACAAAAGAAAACUUAAUAUAGAUUUAUUCAUAGACAAAAGCCUAUUUUUUUUAGAAUCAGAAUUCACAUAAAACAGAUUUUGCCUUAGAAAUAACAUUGCCACUUACAAAAUAGGUUAUCAUAUUUUAGUCCAGUGAUUGGUGUUAUCAGGUAGCUCAGAAUGGUUUUUUUUUGUUUGUUUUUUAUAACAUUUUAUUUUCUGAAUUUAGAAACAGUGUAACAUAGGAAGUGUUGCUUCUGUACAUUGAUAAAACCAAAUCUUUCAAAUGAAGGUAAAUGGUGCCAAUUCUUGUUAUUGUCUCCCUCCCUUUAAUGCCUCAGAGUCGUUUUGCUUUGCCCUCUGCUUGUGAAUGAAAGAAAAAAAUAUCUCUUAAGGAAAUUUGAACUUAUUUGAAAUUGUACUGUGUGGAAUGUAAUAAAAGGAUGAUAUUUUUGUACAAA